AUGUCGGCAACUACCCUCCCUGCCAUGAAGACUGCCCCCAAGUUCAUCUUCUUCAGCGACUUCGACGGCACCAUCACCCAGCGAGACUCCAACGACUUCAUGACCGACAACAUAGGCUUUGGACAGAAGCUGCGGAAGCAAGGCAAUCAAGAUGUGCUUGAUGGCAGAUCCUCUUUCCGGGAUGCUUUCCGGGAGAUGAUGGACUCGAUCAAGACUCCCUACGAUGAAUGUAUAAAGAUCCUCCUUGAGAAUAUCAAGUUGGAUCCCUAUUUCAAGGAAUUCUAUGACUGGGCGAGGAGCAACAACAUACCCGUCGUGAUCCUGAGUGGCGGGAUGGUGCCGAUCAUUCGAGCGCUGUUGGUCCACUUGGUAGGAAAGGACGCAGACGAUAUCCAGAUCGUUGCUAACGACGUUGCACCGAGGGAUGGCAAGAGCAUCAAUGAGGAAGGGGGCUGGCAAAUUGUGUUCCAUGAUGAGAGCCAUUUCGGUCACGACAAGUCACGGGAGAUCAGACCGUACGCAAAUCUACCUGAUGCAGAACGGCCCACCCUGUUCUAUGCUGGAGAUGGGGUGUCCGAUCUCUCUGCAGCAAAAGAGACCGAUCUCCUGUUUGCGAAGAAGGGACAUGAUCUUGUCACCUACUGUGUCAGGGAGAAAGUCCCCUUCACACUCUUUGAAGAUUGGUCAACAAUUCUAGCGACGGUGAAAGAUAUUGUGGCUGGGAAGACCACAGUCAAGAAGGUCUCAGAAGAAGGUGUGGAAUCCUUUGAGCGCCUGGGAAACGAGAAGAACUAG